UUCAGUUAUUAGAUUUAAACGAACGAGAGUAGUUGUUUUUAUUGAUUUAUUUAUAAAAAAAAUAUGAAGUUUAAUUAUUAGUUGUAUUCAUGAUGUCAAUAAUAAAAAGAAGUAUGUCAAUCACUUUGCUGAUCCUCUGCGUCGUCGGCUUAUCAUCUUCGGUACCCUUAAAUGACGUCAGCUCUCAAAAAUGUGGAUACGAGAGUUGCACCAAAGUGAAUCAAGAUGAACUUAACGUCCAUAUCGUCCCCCACACGCACGACGACGUCGGCUGGCUGAAGACAGUGGACCAGUAUUACUACGGAAGUCGCAACAAUAUCCAAAAGGCUGGAGUGCAGUACAUCUUAGACUCUGUCAUUAAAGAGCUAUGGCAGGAUCCCAAGAGAAGAUUUAUCUACGUAGAGACGGCAUUCUUCUGGAUGUGGUGGAUACGCCAAAGUGACGAUGUACGACACAAAGUCCACACUCUGGUGCGACAAGGUCGGCUCCAGUUUGUAGGGGGGGCGUGGAGUAUGAACGAUGAGGCGGCAUCUCACUACCAGAGUACUAUUGAUCAAUUUACUUGGGGUUUGAAAAAGCUGAAUGAAACCUUCGGUCCUUGUGCGAUACCACGCGUGGGAUGGCAGAUAGAUCCAUUCGGUCAUUCCCGUGAAUUCGCUUCCUUGCUGGCAGCGAUGGGAUACGACGGUCUAUUUCUAGGUAGGAUAGACUACCAGGAUAAAAGAGCGAGGCUGAAGCAGAAACGUAUGGAAAUGCUGUGGAGGGGGGAUGAUGAUUUAGGUAAAUCCUCAGACAUUUUCACGGGUGCCCUAUACAACACUUACUCCCCUCCACCGGGCUUCUGUUUCGACGUGCUCUGCGAUGACGAACCGAUUAUUGACGAUCCCAACUCGCCCAUGUUCAAUGUUGAAACGAGGAUAGACUCGUUCAUCAAGUACGUGUUAGAACAGAGAAAUAACUUCAGGACAAAUAACGUCAUUAUAACGAUGGGGGGUGAUUUUACCUACCAGGACGCGUUGAUGUGGUACAAAAAUCUAGACAAAUUGAUCGAGUACACGAAUAUAAAAUCGGCGAGAGACGGUUUAAAAAUUAAACUCUUUUAUUCGACACCGGAUUGCUAUUUGAAAGCCGUUAAAGAUUCCAAUCCGACUCUACCGACGAAGCAGGACGAUUUCUUCCCCUACGCGAGUGACCCCACAGCGUACUGGACGGGCUACUUCACCUCCCGACCCACAACUAAGUUCUUCGAGCGACAGGGGAAUGAUUACCUUCAGAUGGUAAAACAUUUACAAGUGUUGGGAGGUUUGGAGGAACACAACAGCUUCGUGCUGAACGAGUUGAAGAGUGCCAUGGGAGUUAUGCAACAUCACGACGCGAUAACGGGCACGGAGAAGCAACACGUCGCUCACGACUACGAGAGGCUCUUGGACGCGGCCGUGGAAGACGCCCUCAUCGUAGCGAGACAGGCUUUCAAUAAAAUUGCACAAAGGGACGCUUUAAAGCAGCCGCUCUUCAGCUAUGACAGAUGCCGUUUUAAUGAGUCAAGUUGCCCUACGAGCGAAAACAGCAGGCAGUUUGUGGUAACGAUAUACAAUCCUGUGGGAUGGAUGGUCAUGGAGCCGAUACACGUGCCGGUCUUAGAUGGUACCUAUGAAGUUUACGCGCCGAAUGGCGAAAAGAUAACAUCUCAAUUGGUAGACAUACCGGAGCCGGUGAAAAAGAUACCGACGAGAAAGUCGAAGGCGAGCCACGAAUUAGUUUUCAUAGCCAAACUACAUCCCCUUGGCGUGAAAUCGUUCUACAUAAAGAAGACGUCGAAGAUAUCUAAAAGAGAUGUCGUUAACACGAAUGAAUACUACGGCAACAUAAACGACUACUGGAAAAACUUACACGACAACUUCGUCGAAAUACACAACCUGGAUGACACUGUAGACCAUAAGUUCAAACGAGAACAAAUACCUCUGCCAAUAAUGAAAGUCGACGCAAAGGUUAACAUAGAAAAAGAUAUCAACGCGGAUAUCUUAAAAGAUAAAGACGACAACGUAGACGUCGAAGAAUUGGAGAGAAUUAUAAAGGAAACGAAAUUGGAGACGAUCGGUAAGGCGAGGAGCUUGGAUAAGAAGCUGAACUAUCCGAAUCUCAAUGAAGAGGAGCUGAGGAUGCUGGCUGAUGAAGCGCUGGUCGUCGAACGGGCUGAUGAAGAUUAUUUGGAGAAUGAGUACAUGAAGAUUCGCAUGGACAACACCGGCGUCACACACAUGAUCCUACCAGACAGAACGACCAACCUAAAGGUGCAGCUACACUACUGGACCGGUUGCUAUGGAAACAACACAAACACUCACGAACGCUCGUCCGGCGCUUACAUCUUCCGACCACAAACAACAGUUCCCUACGCAAUGACGUACAGAAACAGCGGCACAGUUAAAGGCCCAAUCGUUCAAGAGUAUCGCGCUGAAACCAAAGAGAACGCAGCGAGCGUGCUCAGAAUUUACAGCGGUUUGAAUUAUUUCGUUCAUGAUUUUGUUGUCGGUCCAAUACCGAUAGAAGACAAAGUCGGUAAGGAAUACGUCGUUAGAUACGACACUAAUGUCGUUAAUAAUGGCGAGUUCUACACCGAUUCCAAUGGAAGGCAGAUGCUGAAACGCAAGUUGAACGAGCGUCCGCAGUGGAACUUAACCCUCGAGGAACCGAUCGCCGGUUACUACUAUCCGGUCACGAAUAAAAUAUCGAUACAAGACGAACAGACAAGAAUAUCGAUAUUGACGGAUCGAUCUGAGGGCGGGUCGUCUCUGGAGGAAGGGAAUAUUGAAUUGAUGCUUCAUCGGCGGCUGUUACAUGAUGACGCGUUCGGGGUUGGAGAAGCGUUAGAUGAAGUCGCGGAAGGCAAAGGUCUUGUGAUGCGAGGGCACCAUAAGUUACUAAACAUUAACCCCAAGAACGCCGUAGAAGUGAUCGCCGAAAGAAAACUCGUCAUACAAACCCAUUUACAGCCGAUAGUAUUCGUAUCGAAUUCUGAUAAUGUCGAUUUUGAUACUUGGAUGAAACUAGACAAUUGUUUCAAAGGUAUGAAGGAACUGCCCAAUGGAUUGCAUUUAUUGACUCUAGAACCGUGGACGAAAGAUAGUUUACUGUUGAGAAUCGAGAAUUAUGUCGAUAAAUCGAAUGAUUCGACGAUAGAAAUCGAUUUAUCGGAAGUUUUUAAUAAUGUUAAGAUUAUAUCGAUUAAAGAGACAACACUAGCCGCCAAUCGGUGGGUGGACGAUGUCGAAAAGUGGACCUGGAAAGUCGAGAAUGAGUUCUCUGAGAGUUUUAACUUGGAGUAUAAUAAUUUUAAUUCGGUACCCCGGGCCAGGGCUGAUGCUGGAGAAGCGACCGACGAUCGUCUGAAGAUUCAGAUCAAAGCGAAACAAAUCAGGACUUUUAUCGCGAAAUAUGAAAUGGUCGCAUCGUAAAUAUAAAUCACUUGUAGUGUGUGUACAUAUCGAUAAAAUAAAUGUAUUUUUAAUUAAAUAUCUUGUUUAAAUA